GUUAUUUCAUUCUUGAAAUCAAGAACAUGGUCCAGACAAUGUGUCCGCAGAAAACACAACGGUUAGAGGAAGCAACAGCCACGUCCGUCAGCAGGGCUUUUAUUUCGAAGAGCGGAUAGCGGCAGGCGCCCUGGUACAGCGGAGGCCAUUCUCCAUCACAGUUACACCUGACUUUGUGCGUAAGAGGAUAAACCUCUGUCAGGCCCCGUUUUCCGCGUUUUAUAAUUAUUUAUUUUCGUGUAAACUGCAGUCUUGAUUUAAAAACAUAGAUGGUGGAUAAAUUAGUCCUGCGCUGAAGGCCCGGAAACAACUGCAAAGGAUUAUAAAAUCACCAUAAAUCCCUGAGGCUAUCCGCCGACAUGGCUCGACCACGGCCGCGGGAAUACAAGGCAGGAGAUCUGGUUUUCGCUAAGAUGAAGGGGUACCCGCACUGGCCUGCGAGGAUUGAUGAGCUUCCUGAAGGAGCUGUCAAACCACCUGCCAACAAGUACCCCAUCUUCUUCUUUGGGACUCAUGAAACUGCAUUCUUGGGUCCAAAGGAUCUUCUACCCUACAAGGAGUAUAAAGAUAAAUUUGGCAAGUCCAACAAGAGGAAAGGUUUCAAUGAGGGCCUGUGGGAGAUUGAGAACAACCCAGGAGUCAAGUUCACAGGCUAUCAGGCCAUCCAGCAACAGAGCUCAUCAGAAACAGAAGAGGGGGGAAACACUGCUGAUGGGAGCAGCGAGGGUGAAGAGGGAGACUCUGUUGAAGAGGAAGAUGACAAGGAAAAACUGAAGGGAGACAAGACUGGGUCUAAACGGAAAAAGACAGCUGCAUCCAAGAAAUCCUCAAAGCUGUUGAGGAUCUCGUCUGGAGACGAUAACCUGGAGAAGGAUGGAAAAGAUGACGACCAGAAGAGUGGCUCAGAAGGAGGAGAUGCCGACAACGAUAUCAUUGAAAGUACCACCGACAGUAAGAACCAGCUGCUCAUAGAGGAACAUUAAAUGAAAAGGGCAUGAAAAGGAAAUCAUUCUUUGCAGCUGUGAUGUUGGAAAGGUGAAUCUACAACACGAUAUCUCAUCAGCACCAUCUACUGGCUCUCAUCGUCACCUUCAAUACUCUGUUAGAUGUCCAUUUUGUGUUUGUAUGACUGAUGCACCCUUACUUAAACUCUUAUCAUGUGAAUAUCAGGGUCAAUUUGGGCAUUGUCACACAUUUUUUUCAGCACGUAAAUGUAAUGUGAAAUCAAAGCCACUGUCAGGAACUUGAGCUCUCUAAAAUAGAAAGCUAAAGAUUUUUAAUUUAUUUCACCUUGUAAGUUCAUAUUGUUAAAUAAAUAUAUAGAUAUGGGACAUUUAAAUGGGCAUUAGGUAUUCAAAGACUUUAAUCACGCUCUAUUGGCAGACAUUAGGAGCUUUGAUAAUAUUAACUGGGUUUAUAUUCAGCCUUUCUUCUACUAGACUCAGACUAAUAGCCCAAGCAGAAUGAAAAAAGCUUUGACAACCUGUUAUCAAGAUGAUGGUAAGAAGUUAGUGGCCAGUGUGGGUGGUUAAUUCCCUUCAUUUUAUCUGUCAAAGUAGAGCCAAAUCUGUUGCUUGACCAGACUAAUAGUACAACUUUUUCAAAAGUUAGCCUGUUUUCCAUUGUAUAUCUGAUUAUCCUAAAGCACAGAAAAAUGACACUCUACCAAAGCUGUCAUUUCUUACACUGACUAAACAAUCUAGUUUGGUUUUUGCUGACCAUCUUUUUCUACAACAAUCUAUAGCAACUUGCAGUCUUCACCAACAAUUGAAGCUGUUAGUUCAGCUGUCACAUAGGAAUAGAUAAGAGUAUAUCAAUCUGAAGUAUUUAAUAGAUAAUAUCACUCCCCAAAAAGUACAAUUUGACAAUAGAGAGAUAUGAUAGUUAGCUAAAACGCCUUACCACAGCAUCCCUAUCUGCCAGGCAUGAUAUCCAAAUUUUCACACACACACACAUACAUUAGGGUGCCACAGGCUGUAAUGGCCAAAAAAUUUUUAAAAUAUUUUUCGGGUCCCACCCCCUAGUUUUUUUCCUUUUAUGAAACACAGUAACUACGCAAAGUUUCAUAGAAAUAUACGCAUAUUUUCUGGUAGCUCAAUUGGCUGGAAUAUUUUCAUAGAGUAAAUAUUCAGUGGUCGGUCAUUGCCUAUGUGUUUAACACUGUAUUAUAUAUUAAAAUAUAAUUUUAUGUAAUUUAGCAGUUUCUUUGUAUUACAUAACUGAUUGUAUGCCAAUGUAGAGGGCUGCACAGUGGAGUAGUGGUUAGCACUUUCACCUUGCAGCAAGAAGAUCUCCAGUUUGCAUACCGGGAUCUUUCUGCAUGGAGUUUGCAUGUUCUCCCUGUGCAUGCGUGGGUUUUCUCCGUGCACUCUGGCUUCCUCCCACAGUCCAAAAAUAUGCUGAGGUUAAUUGGUUACUCUGAAUUGCCCGUAGGUGUGAGUGUGGUUGUUUGUCUGUAUAUGUAGUCCUGUGACAGACUGGCGACCUGUCCAGGGUGUCCCCUGCCUUCGCCCGAGUCAGCUGGGAUAGGCUCCAGCACCCCCCGCGACCCUAGUGAGGAUAAAGUGGUGUAUAGAGAAUGGAUGGAUGGAUGGAUGCCAAUGUAUGGCUGAACUUCUUCAGGCACAGAGAGAAAAAGGAGACGUGGUAGCAUGGGUCCAGUUGACAUAGCACUAGCUCAGAAAGAAGAAAGUUGUAGAAAACGGCACUUGGUGGAAGAAACACGCAGGACAAAAGAGGGUGAACGAAUGCUGGAAGCAGCAGCUUAUACAGAGUUCAGCAGUUGCAGUGAUGGUGAGACGGAAGGCAGUUGCAAUAGUGAUGAUGACUUCGGCCUGCAAAAGUACCAUAGUCAACCGAAGCGACACCAACCUACAGGUCUGCAAGAAAGUCAUUCUCAAUUGAAUCAAAAUCAUCAUAUUGUUGUCACUCCAGAAUUAGCAGCAGCAUUAGACAGAACUAAAGUCAGUGCGGAGGUUUUCAGAAUAUUACACAUAAUUUUGUAACUUUGGUAUGGUUGAGCUACCAGUAAAAAUUAUUUUAACACAUCCAAACUUUGGCAUUUUUUUUCGUUUCACAUUAUGAACACAUUUAGGGAGUGGGACAAUAAAAAUUAGAAAAUUUAUUUUUUUGUGGCACCCUAAUGUACAUGAGGUAACAGUGGUUCUGAAAUAUGAGAAUCCCUCUUUUUCUGUUUAAUUCAGUUGGUUUGUUUGCAAAACAGGUUAGCCUAGCGUUACAUUUUUGCUAGAAUUCAUUUACCGAAAUCUUGUUGUGGUUGAAAAACAACAGCAAACUGAGCUUCUGGCUUUUAUUUUUAUACACACAUAUAUAUAUAUCAUGGUAGAGACUGCGAUUUGGUAGAAUUGGAGUUUCUACCAGUAGAGAUUGCGAUUGGAGUCUCUACCAGUAGAGAUUGCAAUCGCAAUCUCUACCAGUAGAAACUCCAAUUCUACCAGUAGAGAUUUGUCAGGGCUAAGGUUAGAUUUUUAAGGUUAGGGUCAGGGGUCAGGGCAGGGGUUAGAUUAAAAGGUCAGGGUCAGUUAAGGUUAGGGUCAGGGGUCAGGGCAGGGGUCAGAUUUAAAGGACAGGGUUAGUUAAGGUUAGGGUCAGGAGUCAGGGCAGGGGUCAGAUUUAAAGGACAGGGUUAGUUAAGGUUAGGGUCAGGAGUCAGGGCAGGGGUCAGAUUUAAAGUUCCAUCUCUACUGGUAGAGACUCCAAUCGCAAUCUCUACUGGUAGAAACUCCAAUUCUACCAAAUCGCAGUCUCUACCCUGACAUAUAUAUGUAUGUGUAUAUAUCUAUAUAUAUCUAUAUAUAUAUGUAUAUACCACUGUUACCUCAUGUUCAGCCUAAUUAAGUCUUAGUUAACUUAUUAGGCCCGAGCCCCUGGUAGCCCAGGGCGAAGGGCCUGUGUUUGCAACACAGACGACUAGUCGAGCGUACAGUGCUCGAUCACGGAUGAGGGCCAACAUGUCCACACACACACACACACACACACACUGACAUGCACUAACACACACGCACAAACACGAAAACACACACAUUCUCACACACAAAAAUGAUUCGUCGAGCGCAUAGCACUCGACCACGGACAUUCACACUCUCAAACACCUCACAGACGCGUCGGGCUUGCCGAGACCUUUCCGAAAAUAUAUAAUAUGUGGACGAAAUACGGGCGAAAAAAAAUCGCAUAUUGUUUUUGCAAAAAAAAAAUUAUUUUUUUUUAUUUCCUCUUUUUUGUCUUCUGCUCUUUAAACUGGAAUUUGACCCCCUAAACAUGCUCGAAAACUCACUAAAUUUUGCACAAACUUCAGUUCCGGCGAAAAAAAUUUUUUAAUAUGUGUUUCAAAAUUGGGACUUAAAAACUGGCUCUACAGUGCCACCUGCAAAAAUCAAAAUACAUUGCGUCAAUGGGCGGGGGUGCAACAUCAACUUUGUCAUGCAGCCACCAAAUUCGGUACACACAUGCGUCUUGUCGGGACAAACAAAAAAUAUUACUAUGACCCCACCCUCAGACAAACAGGAAGGUAGCUAUUUGGGAUUGAAAUUUCAAAAAUGCUGAGUCAGCGUUUUCCAGGACGUCGUACAAAAUGUUCGUUUUGAUCGCGCGCUUCUCCAAACGAGCUGAAAUUUGGUGUACACCAUCUACACAAGUAGACAAUUCAAAGUUAUCCAAAUCGUAAAUUUUCAUUUCACGGUUUCCGCAUGGCAAUGCCAUUCGUACAUAACGACUCCAAUCCAAACCAAAUUUUAAACACUUAUUGACCCUUCCUACCUGGACACAUUGACAGUGAAAUUUUGACAAUCGAUGUUACAGCGCCCCCUACAGAAUCAAAAUAAAAUCUGUAUGGGGAGUAAAAUUAUUAAUUUGUCAGAAAUGAAUGAAAUUUGGGUGACUAUUCCUUCAUGUGGUCCCGAUCAACAAAGCAAAUUGUAACCAUGUUGUAAUUUUAACGGUGUUGCCGUGGCGAUGGCUGAAGUUCCCCAUGUUAUUCUAAUGGGCCCAAGUGAAAAAUCUCCCAUUAUACUAAAUUUACCUGUUACCAUGGAAACGUCCCAAAUUUGACACAUAAAUUCUGACACACAUGCAGGUUAAAAAACGUCAAUGGUAUCCAUGCAGUAUUUUGGACGGUGUUGCUGUGGCGAUGACCAACAUGUCACAUAUUGUCAUAAUGCAGCAAUGAAUGAGCAUGGCGUCUGUUUGCUGCUGUUUGCACAUUUGUAAAUAUUUUGAUGAAAUUUUGAUGUACGCUCGCCAGAAAAAAAAAUGGGGCAGGUCAUAUCGGCGGCCGCCGAGGGCCUUUUGUGGCUUUAAUUUUUGUUGUUUUCUUAUUUUAUUUCAAAAACAAAUUACCUUAGUCCAUGGGCCCUGACCCAAAAUUUCAGGUAUUGGUGCCACCCAAGGUGACCAAUUGUUUUUGAUAUUUUUAACUUGCUAUGUGUCUGUAGUUUGCAUUUUGAUAUAAAAGCCCUUGCAUACUCACAGUUUAAUAAAUGUUACCACUCAUUUAAUGGACAUGCCCCACAAUGCAAAUGCACAGGGUCUGAGCCCCAAAUCCUAUCAACACAACAGGAUGGAAUUUGAUGGGAUUUUUCCUCAUUACAAAAAAUAAGAAACACCACAUGCUACCCAUCAUCUGUAUAAUAACUUUACAGCACAGAACAAUACUAUAACAAACAUGAGACUGAGAAAUAUUUCAUUUCUAUGGUAACAAGAUUUUCUGUAAGCAGGACGGAAAAAUAGAAUAGUGAAAGUUUGACAAACAGAUUCAAAGUUAAAUUUAAAAAAAGUUAAAAACCAAAGACUAACCAUAUCUUGUGUUUUUAAGUCAGUGCGAUACAGCAGACUAUAAUUUCCAGUUAAACAUACAAAAUACCUAUUUAAAUGGUGUCAAAGCAGUUAAAAUUAAGCUGAAAAGUUCAAAAUGUAACCUAGCUAUAACAGACUGCUACCAGAACUGAUCAUAUACCAAAAACACUAUUGCAAAGACUAUUUUUUUUCUUUAUUUGGUAGGGACAGUGCACAUUAAUGAACGACCAUCUGUUCAGAAAUGGGCGUAAAUAUGCCAGAUUAUAGCGCAAUGCUAAUUUACACCUGCAGUCCCUGAGACAAAAAAAGACAUAACAGUGAUACAUGAAACAAUAAGUCACAAUAAAAGCACAUUGCAAAAAGUACCAAAGAAAACAUAACAGUGAAACAUACGAUGAAAAAUGAGACAAUAGGUCCAUUACUAAGUUGAUAUUUCAACUGCUUUUGCAGUUUUUAUUUGAAUUACAUUUUUAAGCAAUUCUGUCCCAUUGCACUGUGCUGGCACUUAUUCCCAAUUCAAAGGUAAUUGUCCGAGAACGAUACAUGGUCAUAAUGAGACAAAAACACAAAAUACAGGGAAAGGUCAUUUCUUCCAUGUACCAGUAUCAUAUAAAAUAAAGGCAGUCAUUCAAGUUCAUUCAAAGUUAAUCCUAGAAAAGGAAAAAAUAUUACCAUAUUUAACUGACUUAAAUGAGUUUAAUUAACCUUAAAUGGAACUGCAAAAGAUAAUUUACAUCAUUAAGACAUCUAAGCAGUUUUUUCAAAGGAUCUGAAAACAUAUAUACACCUACUGACCAAUAACUCCUUUGAUAGGACAAAAACAAGUGAAGGCGAAUACACAAUUCUCAGAUAAGCAUUGAAACAUGCAUUCAUUUGGGUCUAAUGCUUAUUAUAUAUAAUUAUAUAUAACAUAUAAUUAUUAUAAUAUAUAUAAGAUAUUUCUCACAGUUUUAUUUGAUUAUUGACUUAGAUGUGAUGUUUGCUUACUUAAAGCUGCUGUCCGGAGUUUCCGUUUGUUUUCAAUUUAUGUAUCAUUUUUUAACAAAGCUUAAAUGUGUUAGUCUAGUUCGAUACUAUAAUAUAAAGUUAGUAUAACGCGAUAUGAAAAUUUAUUCCUGAGCUCCGCCUUCCUCUCAUAGACCCCCAUGUUAUUCCAAAAAGCGCCGGUCGCUGCCGACCAAUCAAGUUCGAGCUUCAGCUUUGUCAUGCUGUCAAUCAACGGUUACGCGCACAGCAAGCAAGCCCAUGCAGAGGUGGGCGAGCUAUGCACUACGCAACCGCGAGCACAUUUGUUUUGCUUGUGGAGGAGCUGAGAGAGCAUCAGGGAUCAGCAACUUCCAGAAAAGUUACCAAUCCCACGGCUUGUCAGGCCAAGAGACUGCAGGACGUUUUUUGGCUCAGGGUGCUCGCGUCGCUCCCCGACCACGGCCUCCAUAGCCCGCCUGACGGCUUCGUUUAGAUGCCCGACCUCUGGAGGAAGAUGUUGGGGCGUCUGAGACAUACUCUUCGUCAGAGGAGUCAUGCAAUUCUGAACUCUAGAUAGAAAUAAAUAAACAAUGUAACACAUAUACACGCGUAAAUGCACUAAGUUUGAUAAACAACGUCAUCGAGAGGGAUACACUAGUGUAAUCACAUAUUGAAACUUUACUCGUUCGUCCUAGCAGAUUCAUGUUAUUUUGGUAUUAGGACAAGUUAGACUCAAUACAGCAUUCUAACGUAAUUCCUUUAUUAUUUACUAAAUGUACUAAAUGUAGAAGAGUGGAAAACAGCAAAACAGACAAGAUGCUGCAGCACUCCGGGCAGUCCUGUCAGGUACUGCGCGCAUGCACAAAUAAAGGGGCGAAAUCAGAGGGAGGGAGGGACCAACAGUGUUUUGGGAGACGCUGCGAUUCAAACUCCGGACAGCAGCUUUAAGAUUUAACCCUCUGAAACUCGAGCAUUGAUGAUAUUGUUGUCAUUUUUUUUGUCCCUUUUAAACUGUUUUUAGGAUGCCUCUAAUCAAGAAAACAAUGAGACUUUUUCAUUUUUUGAAUUUUUCAGGAUUUUGUGAAGACGUUACAAAAUUGCAACAGUCUUAGUGUAUGCAAAUGUUACAACUUGAUUCAAAAGUAUUAAAAUAUGUAUACAAAAAUGAACUGUAUUGAUAUGAAAUAGUUGAAUAUGGCAGAAUAAAAUGCAAAUUAAUUUAACAAGUCAAAACUCUAAUUGUAAUCCAUGCUAGAAGGCACUUCCACACAACAACAAAAAAAACUAAGACAAUUAUGUUAUUACAACUUUAUUUUACUUUUUUGAACUUGCAAAAGUGUAAUUGUAUUACCUCAAUCCUCUACAAUUUGUUCAUAUUUACAUUUUGGACUUUGCUCAAACACCAUAAUGAUUUUUGGUGUUUGAGGUCUCUUAAUUGGUGGAUGGCUUUCUCCUUUGUGUGUCUUUAUAUGUGAAACUGAAGGAAGCAGUUUUUCUCAUCUGUGAAGUACAAACGACACAGUUGUUGCAUGCAGUUGAUGUACUGUACCUGUUAGUAUACUGUUAAUCCUAUACAAAAUUAAUUGGGUUAAACUUUAACCUUAACCCCAUAAGACACAGACACACAGACACACACAUAUAUAGAUAGAUAUAGAUAUAUAGAUGGCACAAUUAAUGUAUUUACUCAUGACCCAGUGAUCGUGCCUUCUGUGUAAAUAAGUAGCACCAAUUAAAGCUCAUUGUUGCAUUUUUGCAGUUCACAAGUACAGUUGAAGACAAAAUUAUUCGGCCUGCUAUGAAAUUUAGAUUGUUUCCCAUGGUCCCAAAUCCCAAAUGCUGUUUAACAGGUCAAGGAAUUCUUAGCACAGCUUUUCCAAACAUCCUAGUUUUAUUUUGGAUGCGUACAUUAUUUUACUUUGCACACAGAAACAAGAUUAUUUAACAAAAAAACAAAAACUACCCGGGUCUAAAUUAUUACCCCUCUUGAUGCUAAUACUCGGUUGCGUUACCUUUUUGCUCAACAAAUGCAAUAGUUUGUUGUAGUUUGUAACGAGUCUCUCAUUACAAACUACAACAAACGUUCACUUUGGUCUUCUGAAGGUAGUUCUCCACCAGGAGUGACAUAAGUUUUAGGUCGUCGUCAUGUUUGAAGACAAAGCAACGACCCAGACCCAGUUUUGCAGCUGACUGCUUGAGGUUUUCUGUCAAAAUCUUCAUGAAUCCUUCUUUCUUAAAGAUUUCUUCAGCCUUGACAAGAUUCUCAGCUCCAGAAGCACUGAAGCAUCCCCACAGCAUAAUACUGCCACCACUGUGUUUAACUGUGGAGAUGGAGUUCUUUGGGUUACAUGGGUUACACCUCUUCCCUCUUUCUCCAAACAUAAGCAGCCAAAGAGCACUAGUUUGGUCUCACCUGAAGGACAUGCUUCCAGUAUUCAUAAACUUUCUCCAGGUUGUCCUUAUCAUACUUCAGUCUGACUUGAUGGUGUCUCUUCUGUAGAAGUUAGGGUUCAGUCCACUUCUCUGCAGGGCUCGUGACUGUCUUCUUUGACACGACAACUCCUGACUUGGAUAAGUCAUUAACUAAUGUUUGAUGGUUGUUCCAGCAUCUUUAGACAAAUAUCUCACAAGCUUUCUUUCCAGGGUCUUUGAAAUCUUUGGCUUCUUCCCCCUGCCAGUGUCAGGAUUUGUUUGGGUCGGCUCAGGUGCAGGGAAUGAACAGACUGGCUUUGAAUGCAGCACAAGUCUUUAUUUACAACAAAGGUCGAACUACAAAACCAAACCUAGGACUACAAAUGGAAACAGAAAGCGGGAGCAUACGGCUCGAAAAACUACAGCGACUAACAGAGGCAAAAAUAGUGGAAUAACAACAAGAACAUCCGUCUAACUCUAAAUAAGGUUUGUAGGACAAGAACAACUCAGAAUAAACAAGAUACUUUGACGACAGAGUAACAAGGAGAAAAGCUGCGACUUGGACUGCUCCUACAGAAGCAAAACUACGACAAGACUCCUACUAAUCUACUUAACGACCAGGGAUGCUCGGGGUAGGUUCACAGCGGUGCAGGUGAGGAUUGGCAGCGUGCUGGUGGCCAGAUGGAGGACAGCGUGGGGAAGCGACAGGUGAGUGAGCUGGACGCCAGGUGGACGGCACAGCACAGAUGAGUUUCCUUUUUCUUCCAGGGAUGGAGACCGGGAUCCAGGGAUGACGGUGGGUUUGUGGUCCAUGUACAGGGGCAGGUGGAUCUCGGAUUUGAAUAGACAGAGGACAGCAGAGGUUAGGGCUGGGCAAUAAAUCAAAUUAAUUCAAUUCGCCUUUUUAAAACCUGACGAUUUGAAAAUUUGUCAAAUCGUAAAAUCGCGGCGAGCUUAAAUAUAUAACAAUACAGAUUCUUCUUCUGCCUUUCACGACUUGUGCACUGGCGUUUGCUUCCGCCUCUCAUCUUCUUCGGCCAAAACACUCACACCCCCGUCAUGGUGGACACAACAGCACACGAAGAGUUGGUCGCGAGAAAAGGGCCUCAUGUUACAUCGAUUAUAUGGAAGUGGUUCAGCUUGAGACAAGACUGACACAGAGCAAGCUACAGUCAUGUGCAAGGUUUGCAAAAGUACUGUGAAAAUGAAGAGUAGCAACACAACUAACCUCUUUCAGCACCUCCAGCAGAGGCAUCCUAAAGAAUGGGAAAUGUGCUCGCAGCUACGGGAGUGUGGCAUGGCUACCACUAACCAUAGCAAACAGACCGCUAAGAAACAACAAAAAUCGAUUAAAAUCAUUAUCGUCCAAGAUGACUAAAAAAAAUCGAGAUUUUAUUUUUUGGCCAUAUCGCCCAGCCCUAGCAGAGGUUAACGGGUUGUGGUAAAACAACAGAAUUACUGAGAAACGAGCUGUGAACCCUACAAGCUUGUGUCAUGAUCCAGCACUGAGAGGUGGAUGGCGUCUGGUUUUAUGGCAGAGUUGAUGAGGCUUGGUUGAAUGUGUUCCACCUGACUGAUUGAGGCAGAUGGGAGACACCUGUCGUUACGCUGUAGGAAAUACCUAAAAAGGAAAGGGGAGGGCAGGGCACUAUCUAGGCCUGGCAGCAGCCAGCCUGACAGUACCCCCCCCCACCACCAUGGGCACUUCCUGGUGCCCUAACGGGAUGGUCCGGAUGCCGGCGGAAGAAGUUGGCAAUCAGAGUCCUGUUGAGUACCCGCAAACGGAAAACCCAACUUCUUUCCUGCGGACCGUAACCCUUCCAGUCGACGAGGAACUGUACUACACAGCCGCGGCGACGGGCUUCCAAUAAUCACCUCACUGACUAGGCAGGCGCGCCAUUGACGACCCUGGGAGACGGAGGGGGAUGGAGAGGGCGGGGGGCAGUGUGCUUUCCGAAACAGGCUUUAAUUGAGACACAUGGAAUCAAUCAUCCAUCCAUCCAUUCUCUAUACACCGCUUUAUCCUCACUAGGGUUGCGGGGGGUGCUGGAGCCUAUCUCAGCUGACUCGGGCGAAGGCAGGGGACACCCUGGACAGGUCGCCAGUCUGUUGCAGGGCUACAUAUACAGACAAACAAUCACACUCACAUUCACACCUACGGGCAAUUUACAGUCAUCAAUUAACCUCAGCAUAUUUUUGGACUGUGGGAGGAAGCCGGAGUGCCCGGAGAAAACCCACGCAUGCACAGGGAGAACAUACAAACUCCAUGCAGAAAGAUCCCAGGCCCAGGCCAGGACGUGAACCGGGGAUCUUCUUGCUGCAAGGCGAAAGUGCUAACCACUACGCCACUGAGCAGCCCUGGAAUCAAUCAAUCAAACAUAAUGUAUAGCACUUUUCAUACAAUGAAAUUGCACCACAAAGUGCUUUACAACAUUAAAAACAUUGAAUUAAAAACAAGAAAAUCUUUCCCUCCCACCUUGGGUAUGUACAUAUAUAUACACCUGCAUACACACACACAUGCACACACACGAAUGUAGGAUGUAUCUUCAUAGAAGAAGGUAAGCGAAGACGUACUGCACUUCGGUUGAUCCUACGCUCCACCUCAAAUGGCCCGAUUUAGUGGGGAGCCAGCUUCUUGGACUCAAUCCGCAGGGGAAUGUCCUUUGCCCAGAGCCAGACCUUCUGUCCAGGCUGGUAAUCCAGUGCCGGUCGUCGAUGACGGUUGGCCUGGACCGCCAUCUUCUGGACGGACUGAAUGAGAGCCCGACGGGCCUGCCUCCGCAUGCGGCAGAUGAGGGACUGGACAGAGGGGAUGUUGAUCUCGCCCUCCUGAGAGGGGACCACUGGUGGCUGGUAAACUAAGGAACAUUGGAAAGGGGAAAGUUCAGAGGACGAGUUGGAAAGAGAAUUAUAGGCGUACUCAAUCCAGGGGAGCCUCUCACUCCACGAAGAGUGGUUCUCAGACACCAUACAACGGAGGAAUACCUCAACAGACUGAUUGGUUCUCUCGGUUUGUCGGUUAGAGUGGGGAUGGAACCCCAAGGUUAGACUGACCUUAGCUCCCAAGGUGUUACAGAAGGCUUUCCAAACCUCUGAAGUGAACUGUGGCCCACAGUCCGACACGAUGUCCUUAAGAAUCCUGUGGAGGCUGAAAACGUGUUGGAGCAAUGUUUCAGCAGUCUCCUUGGCCAACGGAAGCUUGGGCAGGGGAACAAAGUGAGCAGCCUUUGAAAACUGGUCAACAAUGGUAAGUAUAACGGUGUUAUACUUACCAUUGUUGAUCAGGGAGGCAGGGAGACCAGUGAUAAAGUCCACAGCUUUAUGCGACCAAGGACGCCAGGGAACUGGGAGCGACUGGAGGAGACCAGGGCUGGAUUGGUUAGGAGACUUACUUCGUGCACAGGUGGUACAUGCAGUGACAAACUCCUUAGUGUCCACCACCAUGGUUCGCCACCAGAACUUUCGGCGGAGGACUUCUAAGGUUCGGUGGGUCCCGGGAUGACAGGCAAUCCGCGAGGCGUGUCCCCACUGGAGAACCUGAGGGCGGACAGACUCAGGAACAAACAUCCUCCCGUUAGGGCAAUUACCUGGGUCAGGGCUCUGUCUCUGGGCCCUGCGCACAUGCUCUUCAAUCUGCCAGGUCAGGGAAGCGACAAGGCAGGACUUAGGCAGAAUGGGGUCUGCGUCCCCUGUCUCUUCCUUCGUCGUGAGCUGCUGGGAGAGGGCGUCAGAAGAAAGAGAAAAAUUAAAGCGAUCAAAAAGCAGUGCCCACCGUGCCUGGUGGGGAUUCAGUCUCUUAGCUGACUUAACAUAUUCGAGGUUCUUGUGGUCUGUCCAUACUAUAAAUGGUUGUUCUGUCCCCUCUAACCAGUGCCGCCACUCCUCCAAGGCUACUUUGACUGCUAAGAGUUCUCAGUUACCGACAUUGUGGUUGCGCUCUGCCACAAUGAACCAUCAGGAGAAGAAGGCACAGGGGUGGAGUUUCUGGUCCACUGGAGAGCGUUGUGAGAGGACUGCCCCUGCUCCUGUAUCAGAGGCGUCAGCCUCCACAAUGAACUGGAGAGCGGGGUCAGGCUGCGACAGAAUCAGUGCGGUGGUGAACUGGUGCUUUAGUUCCAGAAAAGCUUGCUCAUCCUCCGGGGUCCACUGAAAAGAUCUGAGAGUAGAUGUUAAUGUAGUGAGUGGGGCUGCUACCUUACUAUAGUUCCUUAUGAAUCUCCUGUAGAAGUUGGCGAAACCCAAGAAACGUUGAAGCUGUUUUCGGGUUGAUGAAACUGGCCAUUCCUGUACUGCAGUCAGCUUACCAAGGUCCAUAUGGAUCUUUCCAGGAGAGAUAACAUAUCCCAAGAAAGAGACAGUGGUAGUGUGAAACUCACAUUUCUCAGCUUUCACGUAGAGUCGAUCCUUUAGAAGCCUCUCCAGGACACAGCGCACAUGACCGACAUGCUCCUCCUGGUUCUGUGAAUAAAUCAAAAUGUCAUCAAGAUAAGCACACACCCAGCGAUUAAUCAUGUCUCUGAGAACGUCAUUGAUGAGAUUCUGGAACACAGCUGGGGCGUUGGUGAGCCCAAAGAGCAUCACCAGGUACUCAAAAUGUCCCAAUGGUGUGUUAAAUGCUGUUUUCCAUUCAUCCCCUUUCUUUAUCCGAACCAGGUGGUAUGCAUUCCUGAGGUCCAACUUAGUGAAAAUCCUGGCUCCUUGGAGAGGUGUAAAAGCCGAGUCCAUGAGGGGUAACGGGUAAGAGUUCUUAACGGCGAUCUUGUUUAACCCCCUGAAAUCGAUGCAGGGCCUUGGUGUACCAUCCUUCUUAUCAACAAAGAAGAAUCCGGCACCGACAGGGGAGGAAGAAGGUCUAUUAUUCUGACUGCCAAAGAGUCUCAGAUAUAGCUUUCCAUGGCUGCUUGUUCUGGCUUGGACAGGCUAUAUCAGCCCGAUCUCACGAGGAUUCGUGAAACUGUUACGUAAAUUUUUGUUUCGGUUUCGUGCGCACCAACAUGAUUUCGUCAUGUUUUUCGUGCCGCUCACCACAAAAUGCGCACCAAUGUAUUUUAAACGGCGGACUUUUCGUGCCACCAGAACGUAUUUCAAACGAAUGUGUGUAUUAUAUUUUUAAUGUAAAACCAUGGCGAAUCCAACGCUAUAUUUUGCAUGACAUCGUCCCUAACCAUAACCCUAACCAUAACCCUAACCAUAACCUAACCAUAACCUAACCAUAACCCGGUGGUACACUUACCAAUUUGCAUAGGAAUUUAAAGAAUGUCCGGCGGCCGGCGGCCGCAAACGCAAUCACACAAGCAGUAUACGCCGAUGGACAGCUUAGAUCGUCAUGAAUCCGCUGGUAUAAACCACUUUCAGCUGUGAUUACCACAGCGGGUUUCGUUGUGAGCAACACGAAAAACAUUUCGUGGUGAGCGGCACGAAAAACAUGACGAAAUCGUGUUGGUGCGCACGAAAAAGAAACAAAAAAUUUACGUAACAGUUUCACGAAUCCCCGUGAGACCGUGUUGGCUAUAUAGAUGACUGGUUGGUAAUGUAGCUCCAUCUACAAAUUCAGUUGAACAGUCAUGAGGGCGGUGAGGAGGGAGAGACAUAGCUUUCGAUUUACUAAAAACUGCUGCCAAGUCAUGGUACUGAGGGUGAACAGUCUCUAAAUUAACUGGUUCUGGCAACUUCUGAGUCUCGAAACCAGGUGGAGUAAGCGCAGAAACCAAGCAACUCUGAUGGCAGGCACGGCUCCAAGAUAAAACCUCCCCCUGUUGCCAAUCUAACUGUGGAUUAUGCUGUACCAGCCAUGGAUAACCUAGCACCAUGAGGGGGUUAGAAUGUUCAGUUACACAGAAUGCGAUCCUUUCGCAAUGAUUCCCUGCCAUUAACAAAUCUACUGGAAUGGUUCUCCGAGACACCGUAGCUAAGCAUAUUCCAUUCAGGGAGCAAGCAGUAAGUGGUUGAUCAAGGGGAACUGAUGGAAUAUCUAGCUGUCUUACCAAGUUAGCAUCCAGGAAGCUCCCCUCUGCGCCUGAGUCCACCAGAGCAGCAACCGGUAAGGAGACGGAUCUCCAGCACAGCGUAGUUUUCACCUGAAGACGAUGCGGAGGAGAUGAGGAAACUCGAUCCACCAUAAACUCCCCUGCUACUGGUGAGUCCCCCCUUUUGUUGGAUGCCGAGGGCAGGCGGCAACGAAGUGACCCGACUCUCCACAGAAUAGACAGAUGGGCCUCCCUGCAAUGCUCCUUCUCCUUGUUUAGCACGGCCCAACUGCAUCGGUUCUGGCUCCUCAGCGGCGGUCUCCGGAGACUUGAGCCCUCUGAUAGUUCCGGGGGAAUUCUGCCCCCCUGGAGGGCAGACUCUCCUCUCUCUUCGCCUCUCGCGAAUCCGGGUGUCCAGUUUUAUUGCGAGAGCGAUCCACUGUUCCAAAGCGUCUGGUUUGUCCCUGAGGGUUAACUCAUCCUUUAAACCAUAGAACGCAUUUCUGAGAGCAGAGUCGUUCCAAUCCACCUCGGCGGCAAGGGUCCGGAACUCCCGGGCGUACUCAGCAAUGCUCCCUGUUGAAUGGCUCCUAAUCGGGUGGUUGCAUCAAGACUGCUCACAGGAUGGCCAAAGUUCCUCCGCAUCUCUUCCACAAACUCCGUGUAGGAAUCACAGAGAGGCCCCUGGCAUUUCCACACCGCCGUUCCCCAGUCCUGAGCAUCUCCCAUUAACUGACCUAUUAAAUAAGCGAUAUGAGACCUGUCAGUCGAAUACGAAGACAGUUGUAACUCGAAAACCAGAGAAACUUGUGUUAGAAAUGCCUGACAAGCUCCAAAAUGCCCGUUAUGUCGCUCGGGAGUAGGCACAUGAUGCUUCCUGUCUGAAGAGGCGUUCACGGCCGGCCCGGCCAAAGCUAAACAGUUAGUAAGUCGAUUUACCUUCUCGGUAAACAAAGCUACCUGUUUGUACAAGGCGGAGUUGCUACUGGAAAGUGAGCGAAGUGUCUCAUCAUGUCGAGUAAGGUUGCAUCAAUGCUCGAAAAAACCUCCUGGAGCGACAUACCGGAGGCCCCAUCUGACGUUGAUUCAUUCCCCGCUGAGCUCAUGCUUUGGCUGGAUCGUAAUGUCAGGGAUUGUUUGGGUCAGCUCAGGUGAAGGGAAUGAACAGACUGGCUUUGAAUGCAACACAAGUCUCUAUUUACAACAAAGGUCGAACUACAAAACCAAAACUAGGACUACAAAUGGAAACGGAAAGCGGGAGCAUACGGCUUGAAAAACUACAGCGACUACUAGAGGCAAAAAUAGUGAAUAACAACAAAAACAUCAGUCUAACUCUAAAUAAGGUUCGUAGGACAAGAACGACUCAGAAUAAACAAGAUACUUUGACGACAGAGUAACAAGGAGAAAAGCUGCGACUUGGACUGCUCCUACAGAAGCAAAACUACAACAAGACUACUAUUAAUCUACUUAACAACCAGGGAUGCUCGGGGUAGGUUCACAGCGGUGCAGGUGAGGAUUGGCAGCGUGCUGGUGGCCAGAUGGAGGACAGUGUGGAGAAGCGACAGGUGAGUGAGCUGGACGCCAGGUGGACGGAACAGCACAUGUGAGCUUCCUUUUUCUUCCAGGGACGGAGACCGGGAUCCAGGGACGACGGUGGGUUUGUGGUCCUCGUACAGGGGCAGGUGGAUCUGGGACUGGAAUAGACAGAGGACAGCAGAGGUUAACAGGUUUGCAGUAAAACAACAGAAUUACUGAGAAACGAGCUGUGAGCCCUAGGAGCUUGUAUCAUGAUCCAGCACUGAGAGGUGGAUGGCGUCUGGUUUUAUGGCAGAGUUGAUGAGGCUUGGUUAAAUGUGUUCCACCUGUCCCUGAGCCGGCUGACUGAAGCAGAUGGGAGACACCUGUCAUUGCGCAGCAGGAAACCUAUAAAGGAAAGGGGAGGGGAGGGCACUAUCUAGGCCUGGCAGCAGCCACCCUGACAGCCAGACUUGUUCUGUACUGUGUGGUUCUCUUUGAAUUUGUUGAUGAGACUUCUCCCUCCACUUCUUGACACUUGGAAAUGCUGUGAUAACUUUGUAGACCCUUCUCAUGCUUUGUAAGCAUCAGCAAUUCUUUUCCUCUGUUUGUUUUUGGCAUGAUGCUUUUCUCAAGUGACAGCUCAAAUCCUUAAGUUUUUUUUUACUGUGUGUAAAGUGUAGGACAAACUCCAGUUUUAACUUGACUGACUGACUGACUGACUGACUGAUUGAUUGAUUACAAGCUGUGAGCAUUACAAAGUUAAAGCAUUUAAUUGCACAACAGUGGUUUGUGUUUUGGCUCAAUAAAAGGUAAAUUCUUAAAGGGGAACUUCGGUUUUUUUCAACCUGGGGUCUGUUUCCAUAUGUAAUUUCAUACAUGUGAGUGAUGGAGAAAUGAAUUUUCGACAUAGCUCCAGUAUUUAGCCAGGCAGGCAGCUUAGCAGCUCAGCUAGCAGCUCGGCUAGCGAAAAGUAUGGGGCAGCUGGCCCCCCCGCGUCAAAGUCCGCCCUAACGUGCUUUUGCCCCACACUGACCGCUAUCGCGCGAUUUCGGAACGAGAUUUGGUUUCUAGCGUCGUGAGAUUUGGACACAGACCACAACAAAGAGCGAUCGCCAGGUAAUGUGGAGGUUUUCGUUCACUUCUCAUCUCUAGUAUGUUGUGGGACACUCAUUGAGACUAUCUGAGCCGGUCAGUGUGGGGCAAAAGCACGUUAGGGCGGACUUUGACGCGGGGGGGCCAGCUGCCCCAUACUUUUCGCUCGCCGAGCUGCUAGCUGAGCUGCUAAGCUGCCUGCCUGGCUAAAUACUGAAGCUAUGUCGAAAAUUAAUUUCUCCAUCACUCACAUGUAUGAAAUUACAUAUGGAAACAGACCCCAGGUUGAAAAAAACCGAAGUUCCCCUUUAAGGGGGCUAAUAAUUUUGACCCUGGUAGUUUUUGGUUUUUGGUAAAUAAUUUUGUUUCUGUGUGCAAAGUAAAAUAAUGUAAGAAUCUAAAAUAAAACUAGGAUUUUUGCAAAAGCUUUGAUAGAAAUUCCUUGAUGUGUUUAACAGCACUUGGGAAUUUUUUUUGAAAAAUAGCGAAAACUUCAUAGGGUGGUUAAUAAUUUUUUCUUAAGCUGUAUUAUACUUUUCCAAAAAUAAUUUGAGUUGUCUAUCACUAAACAUCUUUAAAGAUGAAAGAAAUACUAGAGGUCCAAUGCUUAUUUGGAAAAUUAUUGAAAUUGUUCCUAAAGAGAGAGCUGGGGGCAUGAAGACAUGUUGUUUGAACUUGGAAUGUGGUAUGUCUCACAGUAUUAAUAUUUUCCUAAAAUACAUUCCAAAAAAUGUUGCAGUUUUGCAGUUCAGAGUGUGGGGUGCUGGGAAAUGUAGUGUUUGUCUACAUUCAGGCACAAAUAGGUACAGCUAAACAGCCUUAAAAAACUGACGCAAUUUUUGCAAUUGUGGGCCUCAGAGUUAAAUGGAUUGUGCAAUACAGCAGUUAUAUUGAAUGUGACAGUUUCACAAAUGAGUGAUAAAGCUGCCAGUGUGGAAAGGCUAUCACACCUUAAUAUACUUAUAUUAACCCAAUGCACAUUUUAGUACCACUUAGGUUUGGUCACCUAAGAUGGUACCAAUAUCUGGUCUACCCAUGGACUAAUUUACAAAGGACAGGAAAUGUUAUAUCCAUAAAUAACUGUAACACUAACAGAAAAAAACAUCUUCAUUGCUGGACUUCAGCUGAACAAACUAAUACGAACACUUCAUUUAUACCAUAAUAACUAGCCAAUUUUUUAUUUUGUGUAAUUAUACAAGUUCCAGAAUUCACAAACAGGAUAUAAAAUACCUACUUCAAGCAAAAGGUAACUGGUAUUCAUCCACAACCCUGUCACUCCUCAGUUUACAUAUGUUUUAUGCAUUUAUGUUAUAGAAAAGUAAAAACAAUUACUGACUGCCUCCUUAAUUAUUUUCAAAAGGGGACUUAAUAGAUGUACUAUAAACCUUUUACAGUAGUUCAUGAAAUCUGUGUCACAAUAAAAAUACAGUAUUGGUGCAUUUGUACUUGAUACGUGACAUGAUGUAAAAACAUCCUGUCAAUAUAUGUCACAUCUAGGCCAGUUGAAAUGAGGUUGGGGUAGCUUGUGUUCUUCCUAGUAUUUCAUAAUCACACGCAGUGUACAUAACAUCAAACAGUAUUUAUACUGGCUGUGCAUACCUAAGUGUAUUGUAUUACUCACAAUCACCUAUCACUCUGUACAUUUGCAUAUGAGAAGACCUCCAUAUGCACUCACCGGCCACUUUAUUAGGUGCACCUGCUCAAUUGGUUGUUAACACAAAUAGUUAAUCAUCCGGUCACAUGGCCACAACUUAAUGCAUUUUGGCAUGUAGACGGGGUCAAGACAACUUGCUGAAGUUCAAACUGAGCAUCAGAAUGGGGGAGAAAGAGGAUUUAAGUGUCUUUGACCAUAGCAUGGCUGUUGGUGCCAGGUGGUUGUCUGAGUAUUUAAAAAUCUACUGAUCUACUGUGAUUUUUGCGCACAACCACCUCUAGGGUUUACAGAGAAUGGUCUGAAAAAAAGGCAAAUAUCCAGUGAGUGGCAGUUGUGUGGACCAAAAUGUCUUGUUGAUGUGAGAGGUCAGAGGAGAAUGGGAAGACUGGUUCAAGAUGACAGAAAGGCAACAGCAACUCAAAUAGCCACUUGUUACAACUAGGAAAAUGGGCUACAGCAGCAGAAGACCAUACCUGGUGCCACUCCUGUCAGCUAAGAACAGGAAACUGAGGCUAGAAAUUCACAAAGGCUCACCACAAUUGGACAACAGAAUAUUGGAAAACCGUUGCCUGGUCAAUGAGUCUCCAUUUCAGCUGUGACAUUUAGUAUCAGAAUCAGCUUUAAUGGCCAAGUACAUACUCAGCAUACAAGGAAUUUGGUUUCGACUGUUGAUGUCAUCCUAGGAAUAUGUGAGAGAAUAAAAAAAAAUAAGCUGCAGAAAGAGGAACAGGGAAAGAGAUUUGAUGACUGCAGUGUAGAACUGGAUCAAUAGCUCCUGUGGCAGGCCGUGUCUCUUCAGCUGUCGCAGGAAAUCCAUCCUCUGCUGAGCCUUUUUUAGGAUGGAGCAGAUGCUCUUCUGCCACUUCAGGUCCUUAGAAAUUGUAGUCCCCAGGAGCUUGAAGGACUCCAGAGCUGACACAGAACUGUUGCUGAUGGUGAGGAGGAGCAAUAAUGGGGGCUGUCUUCUGAAGUCCAUGAUCAUCUCUGCAGUCUUCAGUGCAUUCAGCUCCACCUUGUUCUGGCUGCACCAAAUCACCAGCCGCUCAACCUCCUGCCGAUAUGGAGAGCGUCACCACCCUGGAUCAGGCCAAUGAAUGUUGUAUUGUCUGCAAACUUCAGGAGUAAUAGUUGAGUGCUUAGAGGUGCAGUCAUUGGUGUAGAGGUAGAAGAGUAGUAGAGACAGGACACACUCCUGGUGGGUGCCAGUGCUGACAGUCUGGGUGGUUGAGGUGACAUCUCCCAGCCUCACCUGCUGCCUCCUGUCUGUCAGGAAACUGGUGUUUCACUGACACAUGGGUGGAGACACAGUAAGGUGGGAGAGUUUGUGGAGAGGAUUACAGGGAUGACAUUGUUGAGUGCUGAGGAAAAAUCCAUAAAUAUGAUUCUUGCAUAACUCCCAGGGUCAUCUAGAUGUUGCAGGAUGUAGUGCAGCCCCAGACUGACUGCAUCAUCAACUGACCUGUUUGGGUGAUAAGCAAUCUGCAUGGGGUCCAGCAGAGGCCCUACUAUGGAUUUCAGGUGGCUCAACACCAGUCUCUCAAAGGACUUCAUGACCACAGAUGCCAGAGCUACUAGUCUGUAGUCAUUCAGUCCUGUGAUGGAGGGUUUUUUCGGAACUGGGAUGAUUGUGGAAUGUUUGAAUGUAGAUGAGACUUCACAUAGUUCGUGGGAACUGUUGAAGAUCCUGGUGAAGAUUGGAGCCAGCUGGUCAGCACAGGCUUUAAGACAGGAGGGUGACACAUCAUCUGGUCCUGAUGCUUUCCUGGUCUUCUACCUCUGGAAAAGCUGGUUCUUCUUCAUGCACUGUGAGUGUGAUUGGGGGGGGGGGGGGGGGGGGAGUUUGGGGUGCAGCCUGAGGUGUGAUGGGGGUUGUUGGUGUGGUGGUUGGGUUGGUGAGGGGUGUAAAUGUGUCCCUUUCAAGACUACAGUAGAAGGUAUUGAGCUUGUUGGCCAGGUCUGUGUUUGCUUCAGCAGAGGGGGAGGGUCUCCUGUAGUUAGUGAUGUGUUAAAGGCCUCUUCACACUGAAGCAGGGUCGUUAGCUGAGAACCGGUUCUUCAGCUUCUCUUCAGAGUAGCUCUUCUAUGCCACUCUGAUCUCUUUGUUCAGUGUGUUACUGGCCUUCUUAAGCAAGUCUCUGCCCCUACUCCUGUAGACGUCCUCCUUGGCGUGGUGGAGCUGUCGCAGUUUGGUGGUGAACCAUGGCUUGUUAUUGUUCAAAGUCCUGAAAGUUUUGAUUGGCAUACACUUGUCGUCACAGAAACAAGGCUGUCAUAGUGUCUGUCAGAUUACCCAGGUUGUUGUUGGCAGCUUCAAAAACACUCCAGUCUGUCCAGUCAAAUCAGGCUUGAAGUUCCUGCUUUUCCUCACUGGUCCAUUUCCUCACAGUUUUAACCGCAGGCUUUGUAGAUUUUAGUUUCUGCCUGUAUGUGGGGAUCAGAUGGACCAGACAGUGAUCACAAUGACCCAAAGCUACCUGGGAAACAGGGUGGUAUGCUCCUUUUAUAAUGGUGUAACAGUGGUCCAGUGCAUUGCUGUCUCUUGUGGGGCAGCUAAUAUGCUAUUUGUAUAUUCAGAUGGUGGGGUCAGUAUUUGGCGUAAACAACAUGAAAACAUGGAUCCAUUCUGCCUUGUAUCAACGGUUCAGGCUACUGCUGGUGGUGUAAUGGUGUGGGGGAUACUUUCUUGGCUCACUUUAGGUCCCUUAAUACCAGCUAAGCAUGGUUUAAACGCCACAGCCUGAGUAUUGUUGCUAACCAAGUCCAUCCCUUCAUGACCACAGUGUACAAACUGGUUUCUUGAACAGGACAAUGAGUUCACUGUACUCCAAUGGCCUCCACAGUCACCAAAUCGCAAUCUACUUCUGGGAUGUGGUGGAGCGGGAAAUUGGAUUCAUGGAUGUGCAGCCGACAAAUCUGCAGCAAUUGUAUGAUGCUAUCAUGUCAAUAUGGAUCAAAAUCUCUGAGGAAUGUUUCCAACACCUUGUUGAAAGUAUGCCACAAAGAAUUAAGGAAGAUGAAGGCAAAAGGGGGUCCAACCUUUUACUAGCAAGGUGUACCUAAUCAAGUGGCUAGUGAGUGUAUAUUCUCUACUACCGUCCAUGGUAUAUGUUGGGUAUUGCAGUGUACUGAUCACUCUAGUUGUAGUUUGAAAUAGGUUUUUUACAACAAUAAUUAUGGGACUGACUUAUGGAAUAUUUGCUGUCAAACAUUAUCCAUCACAUUAGAUGUUACUCUUUUAUGUAACCGCAAAAAGAUGAAUGGGAGUAUGUAGAUAAAUGUAUGAAGUGUUGUGCACAACUGAGUUACACAUUGUAACUCCUUAUUAACUAUAUCUGUAUAUUUUACUUUUUUUUAGAAUAUAGGACUACUAUUCUACUUGGACUGCUCUCUAUAACAACUCAUCUUUUUUUUGAAAAGUGAUACAUCUGUUCUUCUGUGUAUCUGCGAAAUAGAUCACUGUAUAUUUUAAAGCUUUUUAUAGUGGCAUGCUUUGCUGUUGUACUCGGAUCGUUAUUUUAUGAAAGUGGUCAUUGAAUCUUAGUUUAAAAUCGUAUAUAUGCAGUGGAUUUGGAGGAAAAUUAAUACAUAAUCCACUUCUUUCUGUUGCCUGGUCUACACUUCUUAACCUAAAAGUAAACUAAACAACAUUCCUUUUGUAAGGAAAGAGAGCUGUGACAAUGGCUUCAUACUGUACAGUGUGAUCAUACAUUUUGAAAUUGCCAAAUCUAUCAUUGUCUCCUGAGUUUGCUCCCGAUUGCUUAGCCUUUAACUCUGUGCCAGUUGCCUUUAUUUCCUUCCACCCUUUUUGUCAUAAGAUGUAGCCAUUUUUUGUUGAUAGUUGAUUAAGACACCUUUUGUAAGUUCACUUGUUUUUGUUUUGUUUGUUUUUUAAAUUUCCUUCAAGUCUUUGUUAUGCGUGUAUUUGGAAAAUGCUUUGCAUUUUUAAGGUUUGUAAUUUACUGUAAACUGUUUUUGCUGUUUAUGGAUGAGACUUUUACAAAAUAUACUCAUUGGAAUGCACAA